AUUUUCUCGCUACAUACGACUGACAAUUUCUCAUUUCGGUAGUAAAGACCAGUGGUCAGCUGCUUGUAGCACCGAGGUCGUGGAAUGUAGGCUGCGUUAAACAGAAGAACAGAAGAAUUUUAAAGCAAAAAAAAUAAAGAUGUAACAGGAAAGACAAAAGCCAAGAGUUCAAUGCUGCCCUACCAAAAUGGCUGACUGGGAACCAUGGCGACUAUCAACACGCGGUUCCCGGUGUCCGAGUUUGAGAUGAUUAUCUUACAGACUGGAAUAGUGGUCGAUAGAUGGAAGCCACUAUUUGACCAGUAUGACCGCGGCCAUCGUGGGGAGAUCAAGGUGGAGGAUUUCCGUCGUCUUCUGCGACACCCUCAGGUCCAGGCGGAGAUCGACCGGCACACGCUGGAUGUCCUCGAGGUCAAGGCCACCGACCCGAUGAAGCAGACAGUCAGCUACCAGGAAUUCAUAAACAUCAUGAGCAAUCGAAGAAAUCCCAGUUUUCGGUUGGCUGUUGAGAGUCGUGAUAAGAACGGAUGGGCAGGUGAACGCUGUCUACAGGUACAGCCAGCUCCUGUGACGUGUUUUCAGAAGAUGGUUCACGCGGUAGCACGAGAAUACCUGACGGACGACCUCGACAGACAGUACUACGCCGACCGCUACACGUGCUGUCCUCCUCCACUACUGAUACCAGGAAUCACUCUGUUAGAGAUUGGAUGUUUCAUCUACUAUGGGCUGGAGGCAGGCACCAUCGAGGCGAACGGCCCCGUGCCCAUCAACAGUGUCUUCAUCUACCGUCCAGACCGCAGGCUCGAACUCUGGCGCUUCCUCCUCUAUAUGCUCAUACACGCCGGGUACGUCCAUUUAUUUUUCAACAUGCUUGUUCAGAUUGUUGUUGGGAUACCUCUGGAGAUGGUCCAUGGCUCGUUUAGAAUCCUAAUUGUUUACCUGGCAGGUGUGGUUGCAGGUUCUCUUGGAACAUCUGUGUUUGACAUGGAUGCGUUUCUAGUUGGAGCAUCGGGUGGAGUCUAUGCAUUACUGGCAGCUCACUUAGCUAAUAUUUUAUUAAAUUAUUCACAUAUGGAGUUAGGAAUUUUAAAACUGACAGCUGUUUUUCUUAUUGCUAGUGCUGACGUAGGGUUUGCGAUCUGGGAUCGGUACACCCACAAGAGUGAGUCGGCUCCUCCAAUUGGCUACACGGCCCACCUGAUGGGCGCCCUAGCGGGGCUGACCAUUGGUCUGGUCGUUUUGAAGAAUUUUGAGCAGAAGCUUCAUGAACAGUACAUGUGGUGGGUGGCUCUAGCCGUGUACUUCGGGUGUGUCGUGUUCGCUAUUUUUUGGAAUAUUUUUUACUACUGAGACAUCUUUCGGA